AUGCCCGACCUUCCGAGCCUGGUGGAACCAAAACUGUCUCGCCCCAUCGAAAAGAUACAGAAAGUCCUGCUAAGGCAGGACGUGGCGGAGGUAAUCGCAAGAUUGUCUCGGAAGCGAAUCAUGAUGACCGUGGACUUAGAUUCUGAAGACAAUGUCGCGCCUGCAAGAGAUGCAGCCUGGACGAUGAGGAUGGACCUCGCCUUGAAUGUAGCGGUCGCGCUGACAGUAGUCGCUAGUGUAUUUUGUUUGGCUAUCAGCACAGAGACCGACCCUGACUGGGGCGGGUGGAUUGUGCUGGAGGUCCUCUUCGCGGUCAUCUUCAUCAGCGACUCAGUCCUGAGGAUGCUGCUACAUGGCUCGCACGAGUUCUGGUUCGGCCACGACCGGCGGUGGAACUGGUUCGACUUCGCAAUCACCAGCGUUUCGGUCGGGGAUGUCUGCCUCACCCUAGCCAUUCAGGCAGGCUCUGCUGGUUUCGGCAAGUUCGCGCUGGUCCUGCGCUUCUUCCGGCUCAUGCGGCUCGCGCGCCUCCUGAAGAUCGUCCGGUCGCCGCUGAUCCGCGAGCUAGCGAACAUGCUCAUGGGUUUCGUGCUCGGCUCACCGGCCCUCUUCUGGGUCUCGAUCAUCAUCUGGGUCACGGUGGCCCUGUUGGCGAUGGGCCUCCGGAUCUCGGUCGGCCCCGUUCCCGGCGAUGAGCUCCUGGUCGAGAGGUGCGGCUCUGGCGAUAACCCGCUGUCCACCGACCCCGACUGCGUAGUCUACAAGCUCUACGAGUACUGCGGCAAUCUGCCGAAGUGCAUGUUCACGGUGUUCCGUUGCAUGAUUGGCGACUGCACCAGCUCGGGCGGCCAGUCUCUGGCAUCGCAUUUCAGCGCAGGCUUCGGUGCCAGGUUCGACGUUGUGUACCUCACCGGCAUGAUCGUGAUGAUUUUUGGACUUUUCAACGUGAUCACU